GCUCACACAUUUGCAGCAGCAUUCCAAUUCAGUCUCGAGCUUCCGCUUCACACUCCGGUUGAGUCGAGUACAAUGGCGAGCGUGAAGGUGUUCGGGUCGCCCAUGUCGGCGGAGGUGGCCCGCGUGCUCAUGUGCCUGUUCGAGAAGGACGUGGAGUUCCAGCUGAUCCGCGUCGACGCCUACCGCGGCCCCAACCGCAUGCCCCAGUACCUCAAGCUCCAGCCCCUCGGCGAGGCGCUCACCUUCGAGGACGACAACCUCACCCUCUCCGAGUCGAGGGGCAUCCUGCGGCACAUCUCCCACAAGUACGCCAAGCAGGGCAACCCGGACUUGAUCGGCACGGGGGCGCUGGAGCGCGCGUCCAUCGAGCAGUGGCUGCAGACCGAGGCGCAGAGCUUCGACGUCCCCAGCGCCGAGAUGGUCUACAGCCUCGCCUUCCUGCCGCCCGCCAUGCCGCAGAAGCUCAACAACGGCGGCGACGGCAACGGCAAUGGCUACGGCGCCAACGGCAACGCCAUUGGCGGUAAUGGCAAUGUGGCCGCAGUGAACGCGUCGGUGAAGCGCGUGGCGGCGGGGGCGGCGGGCACGGCCAAGGAGGAGGAGAUGCGGAAGGUGUUCGAGAAGAGCCAGAGGGAGCUGGAGAAGCUGCUGGACAUCUACGAGCAGCGGCUGGAAGAGGCGGAGUACCUGGCCGGCGACAAGUUCACCAUCGCCGACCUGUCGCACCUGCCCAACGCCGACCGCCUCGCCUCCCACCCGCGCUCCAGCCGCAUGUUCCAGCGCCGCAAGAACGUCAGCCGCUGGUGGGACAAGGUCUCCCAGCGGGAGGCCUGGGCGUACGUCAAGAGCCUGCAGCGCCAGCCGGCGCCCAACGGCGCCGGCGCCGACGCCGCGCAGAACCAGCAGCAGCCGCGGUCCGGCGAGGCGCGCAACGGCAGCAACAACUACCAGCGCGACCAGUACGCCGACGCGCGCGACGGCGGCAGCAGCAACAACAACAGCAACUACCAGCGCGACCAGUACGCCGACGCACGCGACAGCGGCAGCAACAGCAACAACUACCAGCGCAACCAGUCCGGCGAGGAGCACGACGGCAGCAAGCACAGCGACUACCAGCAGAGCCGGUCGGGCGACGCGCGGUACUGAUCGACGACGAGUGCGAGCCAUAUACCUGAGAAUGAACUGAUAAUGUGUUCCCGUCUCUGUCUGAUCGGCUGCAGGCCUGUCCAGUUCGUCGCAAUUUGCUUCUUUUGUGGGUGCAGGCCUGCCUGCACGUCUGUGUGUUUUGUUUGCACUGCUACUGUUUUUUCCCCUACCUUUAUUUAUCGCAAUGGGCGUCUAUGGUGUAAUAAAAUGUUUGCCACUUUCUUGAUGAAAUUGAAGAUUUUGUUU